AAAACAGUAGUGGCUGUAUUGGACCAGAUGAUAAACCCACACUGGCCAUUCCUUCCAAAACGUAAAGAAAAGUAUGCAAGUGAAGAAGAAGAAAGAGGAAUUGAAGGGGCUUGGAGAACAAUCACUGAAAAUCCACUGGAGUAUUAUUUCUAUUAUCAUAUAUUGGAUGGGGAUGAAGGAGGAAGGCCUCCAAUGAUUGUGACUUCAGAGGGGCAUAACAAGCAGACAAAUAAUGAAAAUUUUAACUGCAGGGACAAGUCUUGUCUUCAUGCUAUUGCAAAAAGUGACAAUAAGGAAGCUUUACAGCACCCAGUGGUCAGAAUGUUAGUUACAGCAAAAUGGAAGAGUUAUGGACACUGGUUUCUGAGCCUUCAAGCAGUACUCUAUGUCAUCUUCUUACUACUCUUGUCUUAUUCUUUGCUGCAAGCUUCAACAAAAGUAGACCCUAACCGUUACAGCAGUGCAGCAGACUCAUUGCGGGGAUUUUGUGAGGUUACCACUCUUUUGAUAGUUGCCUGUUAUAUCUCUGAAGAAAUCAAUCAAAUGAAGACAGAGGGGCUCUCAUACUUCUCAGAGUGGAUGACUCUGUUUGAUUGGUUAGGUCUGCUGUUGAUCGUGUGUAUAAUACCCUUACGGUACACUGGUAGUAAAGCUCAGUGGGUUCUGGCAUCGUUGGCUUUCUUGUUCAACUUCUUGAGACUAUUUAAAUUUUCCUGCCUGACAAGGACUACAGGAUUAUACACAAACACUUUGGCUAAGAUCAUUCAACAAGAUUUGACACGCUUCAUGGCGGUUUUUUCUGUGAUCUUUCUUCCCUACUGUACUUCCUUGUUUCUAUCACUCCGUUCCUCCUCAGUUAAAACCCACGAAUUAAGCGAUUUUGAAGAUAUUUUGUGGAGCGGUUUGCGCACUUUGUCUGAACAGCGACCAAUUGUGGACGAUUACUCAACCUUCAACUGGCUCUCAAUACUGUUAAUGAUGGCGUACAUGGGGACAGUGAUUGUGAUUCUUCUCAACAUACUCAUUGCACAGAUGAGCACGACCUACAUUCAGGCCAAGAAAGUCGCCCGUCUGGAGUAUGAUGUGGAUCGUAUUUUACAGCUCACUCGUAUGGAGAGAUUUCCUUUUCUGCAUUUGCGCAUGAAAUAUUACAAAGAGGGCGGUUGGAUCAGUGAAAAGAAACUUGCUGAAGAGCUUCUAGAAUUCCGUGAAGAUCGCAAUCCCUGGGAAUCUGUAGAAGCGAAGCUAAAUGCGAUCAGGAAUAUGAUGAGAAAAUUGGUGAAACAGAAGAGGCUUGGUAGAGAAUGA